GUAUUCGCGACAUGCCACGCGUCUGUGUCAGCACACCGCCCCGAGUGGAGCUGCGGAUUUGCUGUGCAGUUUGGCAACAGGGCGGAGUGCGAGAGCAACUCGGGAACAACUUGCAUUCAUUCUAGUCAGACGCUGCGGUGGUCGUUUGUAACAAUGUUAACUGAAGGGAUUCUUGAGGACGAUUUUGACAAAAAUGGAGAUACCUGGUGUGUUCAGCGGGACCUCGAGCACGAUCUCCAUUUGGCUGCUAAACUAGGCAAAACCCUCCUGGAGCGCAACCGCGAGUUGGAGCAGGCGCUUCAGCACAUGUACUCCGCCAACGAAGAUCAGCUGCUGGAAAUAGAGUAUCUGGCCAAGCAGGUGGAGCUGCUGCGUCACGUAAACGAGCAGCACGCCAAAGUUUAUGAGCAGCUGGACCUGUCCACCAGGGAGCUGGAGCGAAGCAACGGGAGGCUCGUGCAGGACGAGCGCCUGGCCCAGAACAAGAUAAACAGGUUUGGCCCGUUCCUCAUUUGUCUUCCGUCUCGUUCCAGUCUGACCGAGUCCAUCGAAGGACUACAAAGGCACGUGGAGGCUCUGCGGAACCGGCUGGGGAUGCUCAUGACUGCCCGAUCCAAGCAGAACAAACAAGAGCGGCUACGCAACCUUAGCGCGCAGAGCGUUUCCUGUCUUGGAGAGCUGCUUGACUUGGAGCCCGACAGGCGACAAACAGAUGGACGGCGGUUGCCCCAGGAAUCCGUGGUCAACCCACAUCGACGCCGAGACCCAGAAGAGGAACACUGGAUUCUUCUUGGAUCGGUCCGCACUCUCCAGGGUCAAUUAGCAACGGAGAGGAAGCGUCGGGAGGCGGCGGAGCACGAGAGCGAACUCGCGACCAAUGACAAGCAAGGCCUGGAGCGACGACUCAGCCUCCUGGCAGGUUCCCAGGCCAGGCAGGUGGAGCUGAAGCCCCAAGUGGAGCGCCUGAGGCUCAUGUGGCGUGACGACUGCACAUCCAGGAAACCAGACCGACUACUUCUUCCCGACGCAAUGUUCUAUGACUCAUUCGAUAAAUCCGAAGCGGAUCAAGAUGGGUCAGAGGAGGCAGCUGAUGAGAUGACUGAAGGCCAGGAUGAGGAGCGCCAGGGACAGAGGCGCAGGAGCGCCGCGAGCGUGUGGGACGAUCACGACAAGAUGUGCGUGAGGAGGGCGGAGGUGGUGAAGCAGAGGGGUGUCCUGCUGCUCAAUGAGGUGGACGCGCACUACAACGCACUGCAGGUGAAGUACAACGAGCUGCUCCAGAGGUGUCAGCAGCCAAACGCGGGGCUCACCCACAAGUCCGUCCAGACGUCCCGAACCCCGUCCGUGAGCAUUUAUCCCCGCCGCCGCCUCUCCGGUUCGCCAACAGAAGCCUCAACGACGUCGGAGGAGCCCAAUUACAAGGUUCUCUUCAAGGAGAUCUUCACCUGCAUCCAGAAGACCAAAGAAGACGUGCACAAGCCCAGACCCGUCAGCGACGCACCCGCCAUGUGAUCUCAUCGGUCCUCACCUUGGACUAUUGGGCACUUUCAAACCAUUCUGGUGCUUCAUAUAUUGUGGACCAGGCGCCAACUGUCUAUUCAAAUGCUCCGAGGCUUUAGUCAGUCAGCACUGAUUCUUUUUGUCAUUCUCAGUUACUUGAAACAGUGAUAGUACUAAAAAAACCUGAUUUAUACAUUUCAAAAGUAUUUGCCGAUGUCUCAGCUGCAAAUCAACACGUAUUACAUCACAGGCAGGCAUGCGUAAACACUUUAACGCCGUCUUGUGCAAUGAAGUGUUGGAAUGUUCUAAUAGGAUCAAAACGGUUUACGGUAAUGCUAAUAAUGACCCUUUUAUAUAUAUUUUUUGACUGAAAUACAUUGGAACAAUGACACUGCUCUUAGCACUUUCCCAUUAUUUAUUUUUGAAAGAGUUUAUUUAUAUUUUGUUGCAAGGAGUUGACUGAAUGAAUUGCCUGACACUUGUGACUCAAACCAUCACAGAUGUAAAAAAAAAAAAAAAAGUUUAUAAAAAAGUAUUCAUCACAU